CGCCGUCCGCUGCCGUCCGUGGCGGGCGGCGGCCCGUGACCGGCGCCGUCCGCUGCCGUCCGUGGCGGGCGGCGGCCCGUGACCGGCGCCGUCCGCUGCCGUCGUGGUGGGCGGCCCCCUGACCGACGCCGUCCGUGGUGGCCGGCCCCCUGACCGACGCCGUCCGUGGUGGGCGGCCCCCUGACCGACGCCGCCCCUGACCGACGCGCCGCGCCCCUAGCUUGCUGCCGCCCCUGUGAAGCUUCGCCACCGGAGCCAAGCGCCGGAUCUGCCAAGCGUCGCCGCCCGUACCAUCCGCCGGCGCCGCGUCUCCUUCUCUCAAAGAUGGAUAAGAGGACCAAGAUUGUAACUUGUGCUACUGCUGCAUACAUGUUGUUGUCAAUGAUGGCGGUGAUUAUUCAAUCUAGAAAACGUAAACGAUGUGCCAGAAGGGUUGGUAUUACCUAUGGGCCUAUGGAGUUGAGUGGUGCCCUCUUUGAUGAAGAAAACUGCAUGAUUACACUAGAUGAGGAGCACUACAACGGCCAUGUCCAGGAUCACAAGUCUGAUGCUGAGUACUUGAACAAGCCCCUCUUGCACUAUAGAGAGAUGACGGCAAUAUUUGGCAAUACAAUGGCUACUGGAAAUUUUGCAAAAGACUCAAGUGCACCUCUAGGUAGAGAGGAUGAUGAGGGUGAAAGUCAAGAAGAGGGGGAUGAGGUUACUGGGCAUGGUCCAAGUGAGGGGCAUACCACUCAAGGGGCAACGUCUUCUGCUAGUAGACCUAGUAAGAAGUCCAAGAUAGCUGAAAUGGAGGAGGAUGGGCUGGUUGCCGCCUUCAAAAGUGUAGGUGAGAACCUUGCCGCUGCCAUAAAAAUGGUAGCUAAACCUGAUAAUGAGCUGCCACCUGACCUAUUUGAUGUCUUGAACCAACUUCCUGGUUUUAAUUCAGCACACAUAUCCUUCUACUAUGCUCAUUUGGUGAGCAAUCCUCACAUUGGCAAAGCUUUCUAUAACUUGCCAUUCGAGCACAAGUUAAAUUGGGUCACAAUGUUCAUCGCUGAGAAGUUCCCUGGAAUGUAAGAGUGAUUUCAAUGAGUAGGAUGUUUCUUUUGUUAAAACUUGAUCAUGAAUUAGUGUCUAAGUUCUGAAUUUAUAUUAUGUAAGCUUCAACUUGAUGGCUGAUAUUGUAUUGCCUUGAACUUGGUAUAUGUAAGGCUAUCACUGGCCAUUGACGUUGCUCAAGACUGAUGAACUUUUGGUGUAUGUAUGUAAGGCUUGAACUUGGUAUAUGUUGUUAUUUUCAUCCA